UAGUUUGUUGUUGGGUUGACAUGGCACUGACGGAAUUCGCACGAAACACUUUGUUAGUUCAAUGUGUAAGCGUUGGCACGCGGCAGCUAAUAUUUUUGGUGGUGAUUCGGAAUUCCCAGUGAAUUACGGAAAAAUUACAGGAAGUGUUACAUUUAGUAGGGAAGAGUAUAGUAAAGUGUUGAGAAGUGUGUGUUUGAAAAAGAAAUGCAUAAUGAAACUAUCAAAAAGAGUUCCUGGUAAACUGUGCACCAAAUAAAAAAAUAUUGCUAAUUUUGGUUUUGUGGAGAAAUUGCCAAACGGUCCGGCAGUGUGCGGAGCUAUGUGUGCAGGUUUAAUUUAUUUAUAAAAUUUUGCGUUAUAAAGCUAAAUUGAGCCAGCUGUUUAAUCGUCUGAUUGCGUGUAAUUCUUCAUCGUUAUGAUAACUGGCGCCGAGGGUAGGCAAACGCACACUCUGUUGGACUUAAAAAAGCAGCAAUGGGCGAAGGAGCGUGAGGAAAUAGCGCGCAUGGACGAACUCAUCUCCUCUUCGCAUCAUCAUCAGCACUCAACCAUGGCAUCAUCGCAUCAUUCGCACAAAAUCGAACGCACCUCCAUACGCACCUACUAUUCGAACAUGGAUGUGAGUCAACAGCGCAGCUCACGUCAGCAAUUAUUCCAACAACAGCAACAGCAGCAGCCACUACAACCGUACGCACCACAAUUGGUGCCACGCUAUGCGCAGCACAACGUCAAUCCCUACGCCGUGCCGCUGACACAAAGCAAUAUGCCAGUGCAACAUGCUGCACGGCAGCAACAACAGCAUGUACGCGGUGGCAAUAGCUAUGACUAUGAACUCGAGCGUUACGUAGAUGUGGUCGACGAUGAGCUGGGCAUUGAUGGUGAUUAUGAAGAUGAUGAUGGUGGCUACCAACGCAUGCGUCCGCCGGCACGACGUGCUACCUUUAUGUCACAUGGACCAGGACGUCGAAAUCACACGACCAGCAUGAUGUCGCAAAUACCAGGACAACGAAAAUAUGCAUACGAUGAGCUGACGCUGCCCGGUGCAGGUCUACAGACGGCUAAAGCACGCAUGCAACAUGCACCAGCAAUGCCACAGCAGCAGCAGCAACCUCCGCUUGCGCCACAAAUGCGCAUACGCAGCCCAAGUUUGCCGAUAAUACGCCACCAGGACUAUGUGAAAAGACAGGCGCCGCAGCAGCAGCGAAUGCCUGGUGGCAUACCGCAACAGAAAAUGCCACCACAAGCCACACAACUUGCGACAGCGGCGGUAUGUGGCGAUGGCAUUCCUGUGGGUGCACCUAGCAACGCACCCCAUCGAUCUAACAAUCCAAACAAUCCAGUUAAUCCUGGUUGCCAGGAGGAAGACACCUCAGGCUACCGCAGCGAUUCGCCAAAGAACCCACACACGCCGGAAAUCUGGUAUAACGAUGCUGCCAGUUUGCAACGUAGCGGCAGCAGCACAACGAAUAGCGGUUUGCUGGGCGCUGAUGGCAGUGGUGUGGAGCUGGGUGCGGUGCCCACUGCUGUAGGUGUGGGCGGCGUCAUUGAGGGAACCAACGAGGUGGCAAGACGCGCUAAGCGUUCAAUAGCAGGUCAACAACUUUCGAAAUGUCAGAAGCAACAACAAAUGCAACAGUAUGCAUGCGAUGAGGUGCAACAACAGCAGCAGCAACAACAAAUUAUGAACUCCACCUACGUUGUGGCACGUUCAUAUAACAGCGGCAUGGACGACAGUUGCCAGGGCAGCUACUACAUGACGCCGCUGAGUCCCUCUAACCUCAGCACACGCGAUAUUUCCACCUCCAACACAUAUCCCAUACAUCCCGUCGAUCAGCACGAGUACUAUGCCAACACAACAACAGCUCAACAGACACAUGACGAACGCGAACGUGCUAAGUGGUCUAAUUACAAUAACAACAGUGAGUACACAGGGAAACCUAUUAACGGUCCGAACUGGCUGAAUCGUGGCCUACAUGAGCUGAAGGAUAGCGAAGACGACACGCAAUCGAUGCACUCGUCUUACUUACGCGGUCAGAACGCGCCCGUUGAUCCCGUCACUAUGGCCGAACGCAUUGAUAAACGACGCAAGGCAGCCGAGUAUCACAAUGCGAUCAAACAGCAGCUGCAUGAGCGCGAAAUGUUGCGCAAGUGGGAGAUGGAGCGACACAAGCAAGAGGAAAUGUUGGAAGAGGAACGUUUGCGUAGGCAGAAACAACUGGAGCAGGAACGUUUGGAAUAUGAACGGCGGCAGCAAAUGGAACGUGAAACUGUGCAAAAGAAGAAACAACAAGCAAUGUUGGAUGCGAUUGCGAAGGCAGAAGAGGCAGCUAAGCAGGACAAACAACGCAAGCGUAAGCAACGUGUGCCGCCGAUGGAGAAGGAGCAGAAACAGCAAGAGGCUGAAUUGACGGUUGAGACUGCAGAGACGGGGGAUGUUAAGAUGACAAAAGCGAAAGUUAAUACUCGCAACCGGCCGAAAAGAAGUGUAACAGUUCAACAACGCGAUGACAAAGCCGAGUAUGAAAGCCAGCCUGAUAAAAGAGAGAAAACUGAACGACCACACGAAGUACAGAUCCUGCGUCUGCAGAGUGUUGAGGAACCUGUGGAGCCAUCCACAACACCACCGCCAAAAGAGGAGGAAGCUGGGUUAAUUGAGAAUCCAGGCAUGCGAACCAAAUCACAAGCACUCACUAUGGAGACCAAACAUGUGGAGAGCCUUGAAGAGGAGGAGGAAGAGGAGAAGGUGCUCAUAGGUACACCAAUAAACUUAAGACGAAAUAUUAAGAAGAAAACUGUAAAUGACGCAAAGGGUACGAAAGAGCCGAAGAAGGUGCAAGCUAAAGUCGACGUUCCGGCUGAGAAUGUCGCUGUUAUCAUGCAGCCAGCCACGCUUAUACCGCUACCCGUGACGUCCGACAUAUUUGGAUUACAGAAUGCCAUUGGGAAUUUACAGAUCGCUACAUAUUGGAUGCAACAGCAGCUGAAACCGAAUACCGCUGCUUCGACAAUGGACUUUUCGAAAACAACCGGCGAUGUCACACAACGAACGGCAACUUCGAUCUCCACGGAAGACGGCUAUCAGAUGGAGAGUGCGGUUGAAGACGAGCAAAAAAGUGUUGUGGAGGUUGAAGAGGAGAAGGUGGGUGAAAAGAUAGAGGAGAAGUCAACUAAGAAUAUUAGUGGAAUUCCCAAACCCGAAGAGCUGGCGCUCAUACCACUAGAAGCUAAGCCAGCAGUUGCCGGUGAGCAACACUUAAUCGAACCACAAGCGCAUCAGGAUGUGGAGACACAAACAGAGUUGCCACUCAAUUGCGAUCUCUGCCUAUUUCAUGACAAUUUCUACAAAGUGCUGCUGAAGCGCGAAGUUUCUACCACAACAACAACGCAGACAUCUAAGACUAAAGAUAAACCAGCUAAGGAGGCGGAUAAGGAUCAAGAGACAACAACUACUACCACAACCACAACGACCACGACCUUUAAGGCAAAGGCCAAAGACAAAGAUAAGGAGAGGGAAAAGGACAAGGACAAGGAUAAAGAAAAGGAGAAGGAAAAAGAGAAAGAGAAAGAACGCGAACGUAAUAAACGUAAUCAGAAGGACGGCGUGUCACACAACGCGAGUCUCACCGUAAGCACACAUAGUAACCACAAUCACAACCACAAAGUAGACGACCGCCCUAAGUGGGGAGUCAAUCGGCCUGUCGUGCAAUAUGUCAAGGCCAGCGAACGCGACCCAUUCUAUUUGCGUAACAAGAAGAAGCACAAUAGUAAUCAUCACGUCAAAGCGCCUCGUUCUCAGUCGGUUGAUGCGCGACUCGAUAGUGCCGCCGCUGACGCCGAAGAUGGUGAGACGGACCGUGAUGUCGAUAGCGCCGGUGAGCACGAGGGCUCGUCGAAUGUGGAAGAAGGCUUUUUAUUGAAGGCACGCAAUGUCUGCACGGAAAUUUUGCCCAUCAAAACGGAUGAGAAGGGACGCAUAUUUCUAAAUUUUCGCGAAGCAAGCGCCAUUAUGAAUGAGGAUGAGAUCAAAGAUAAGUUAAGGCAGCGUUACUUUAAUUUCGGUCGUAUACUGCCGCGUCGCAGUUGGGCUUCGGCCACACAGCAGGGUUUGCAGUUCAGAGCAAUGGCUGCGACAGCGAUUGCGGCUCAACCCACAGCGCAUUUAGCUGAUGAUUAGGUGACAACUGUAUCUAAAAGAUAUUAUAAUGCAGAAAGGUGGUUCGCUGAAGUCUGGGCAUAGAAAAUUAGAAUAAACUACGAUACGUUAUGAUUUUUUCCUUAUUAUUUGUUUGUAGAAGAGGAAAUAUAGGUGGAAGAGCUUAGGCGAAAUUGAAAAUCGAGCUACAGUAGAACUUUUUAUUCACCUCAUGAGAGUCGAAGGGCUUGCCUAUACUUGGGUUGUUUUUUAUAGUUGACCUAAUUGUUUUAGUCUGUCAAUAUUCAAAUACAUUUUACGCUGUUUACGAUGUAUCUGGUGAUUCUAUCUCGUGGUAGUUAUCCAGCUCGAACUUUCUUUCUGGAAAAUGCACAUUUGUUCUUAGAAUUUCUAACGUAUCUUCUGGAAAAAAGGACAAGUUUUCUAGGACUUUCGAUGUAUACUUGAAAAUACUUGGUUCAGUGAACAUUUUUGGCUCCAUUAGGUUGUUGAUGAAGUGACCUUUUGUAAACUUCUGUUCAAAAAAAAGUGUAUCUAAUCAGUUUAUGUCUAUAUAUAAUAAUCCACACUCUUUUUUAAUAUCUGUUUACUCCUAAAAUCAAACUUUUCCUAGCACAAUUUUUGAGAACUUCUAUCACCAGUGUUUGUAAGUCUAUCAAGGGUUCUGCUUAUUCCAAUAUUCCAUCAAACUAAGGCUCAAAAAUAGUUUAUUUGACGGAAACUCUGCUUACAGGAGUUGACAGAAGAUUUCUGUUAAUCGCCAACUUAUAUAAUUGCUAUAUCCUUCAUAUUUUUAGGUGAGCUUCUUAGGUUUAAAUUAGUUUUAACCAAUCCUUUUCAAAGAUGACCUCAAACUAGAAAUACUCAAAUUUGAUUUUUUGUUUGAGUGGAGGGUCUCUCAAGGAUAUGCUAUCUGCAGUUCCUAACUGGAUACUUGUAGUUUCUGUUUGGUAUUUGAUGCUGAACCAACAACAAUUUUUUCGUUCACCAUUUAUUUCGACUUCGUAAGAUUUAUACAGUCUCUCAACUAGAAAUUCCAAUUAUCUAGAAGAAUUUUCGUUCCCAAGACGGAUAAUUACUGACAGCCACCUGUAGACUACUACUACGCAGAUAUUUUUGAAAUAAUUUUGUCUUUUGUACUGAUUUUGGGAGUCUUUCAACAUUAUACAAUUAAUUCUUGAAAACUUUUAGCAAGAAGAAAAAACACAUAAAAUAAGCCAGGAUAUGCGCCAUUCUUUCUAUCCUAAGACAUCGAGCUCUAGUAGUGAAUAAAAUUAAAGUUAUCAUUACCUACUUUAGAACAUAUUAAAUCUUGUGCUUAGCAUUUAAGGAAAGCAAAAAUAAUAACUUUGUAUUUGAAUACUUGCAUUUAAGCGCUCUUGCAUACUUAUAUUCACACACACAUACUUACAUACCCCGAAAUAUAAUAAAGUCAUAAAAUAUACUCACA